AUGACCGAUGACACUAUAUCGGCUCUCCGGCAAGAGACAGUUGAUAUCUUCUACCAUGGGUUCGACAACUACAUGGCCCAUGCCUUUCCCGAGGAUGAACUACAGCCAUUGACUUGCGGGCCUCUCACUCGCGACCGCGCAAACCCUGCUCAUAUUGAGGUCAACGAUGUUCUAGGGAACUACUCCUUGACCCUAAUCGACAGUCUGUCUACGCUCGCAAUCCUAGCAUCCUCGCCUCCGCCAUCGAAGGGUGUCCGAAACAAGCCUCUGCAGGAUUUCCAAGACGGGAUCAAAUCACUCGUGGAACACUACGGAGAUGGGAGCGACGGGCCUACAGCACAAGGAAAACGAGCGAGAGGUUUUGACUUGGAUAGCAAAGUGCAGGUUUUUGAAACCGUCAUCCGGGGCGUUGGUGGUCUGUUGAGCGCCCAUCAAUUUGCGGUGGGCGAUUUGCCUAUUCGAGGAUAUGCCCCCAAGGUUCAGCGGAAAUGGGGGAGAGAAGGGAUUUUCUGGCCCAAUGGGUUCAUAUACGAUGGCCAGCUGCUGCGUCUUGCUACCGACCUGGCGGAGCGGCUCAUGCCGGCCUUCCAGUCACCCACCGGAUUACCGUAUCCGCGCGUGAAUUUGCGUUUUGGAGUGCCAUUUUACGCAAACUCGCCCUACAAUGCAAAUGCGACGAAUGGAUCCGCUGGCACGAACCCUGAAGGUGCAAGUCCGGAGAUAACCGAGACCUGUAGCGCUGGGGCAGGAAGCCUUGUGUUAGAAUUCUCAACCUUGAGCAGGUUGACGGGGGAUCCGCGUUACGAAAGAGCAGCGAAAGCAGCCUUUUGGGCGGUAUGGGAACACAGGAGCAACAUUGGGCUGAUAGGUGCAGGCAUAGACGCUGAAUCUGGGCAAUGGGUAUCUCCGUAUACUGGCAUCGGCGCUGGGAUUGACAGCUUUUUCGAGUACUCGCUCAAGACCCAUAUACUGCUCUCCGGCCUUCCAUAUGACACCCAGCAUGCGGAUCUCGAUUCACCAGACGCUUUCCUCCAAGCAUGGGAAGAUGCCCAUGAAGCCAUUAAAAGACAUGUCUAUCGUGGAGCCGGCUUUCAACAUCCCCAUUAUAUUCAAGUCGAUUUGUACACAGGAGCAUUGCGGGCUUUCUGGAUAGAUAGCUUGAGCGCUUAUUACCAAGGCCUACUUACCCUUGCCGGGGAACUGGAAGAGGCUAUCGAAACGCACUUGCUCUACGCUGCACUGUGGACCAGAUACUCCGCUAUGCCUGAGAGGUGGUCCACUGCAACCGGCAACAUUGAGCAUGGCCUUCGUUGGUGGGGUGGUCGGCCAGAGUUCAUCGAGUCCACAUGGUACCUGUACAGAGCGACUCAAGAUCCUUGGUAUUUGCAUGUGGGAGAAAUGGUUCUCCUAGAUAUCAAGCGCCGAUGCUGGACCAGAUGUGGAUGGGCAGGCUUACAAGAUGUCCGUACCGGCGAGUUGAGCGAUCGCAUGGAGAGCUUCUUCCUUGGGGAAACAGUCAAAUACUUGUUCCUGCUUUUUGACCCAUCCCAUCCCCUGAACCAUUGGGAUGCCCCCUUCGUGUUCACUACAGAAGGCCACCCGUUGAUAAUACCUCAACGCCUAAGGCAAUCGAAAUCCGGGCAACGUCAACCGCUGUCAGAAACGCGUCCUGUUCCAGGCAUUUGUUCUGUUCCGCCUGCUGCUGUUCCGCUAAGCGGAUCGGCUGUUGCUGCACGAAAGGAUAUAUUUCAUGCGGCAAGCCUAGCUAGACUUCAUCUGAUGCCGACUGCGAAGUCUGCGGAGUCGUCUUUCAUCGAGAAGACCGAAGGGCAUCCCAGUUUGUGGGGGAUACCAUCUCCUUCAAAUUACACAUACUUUCCGUGGACGCUACCUGUGGAUCUUAUUCCCUCGAAUGCGACGAGUUCAGCUAUGACUCUACGGACCACCUUCGACCUUUCCUUUCCGAAUAUGCCUGAGACACUACAAACAGGCGGGUUCCAGCGUGUCCAGGAGGGCAUUCUGGUCAACUCCAUGAGCGGGCUUCGCCUCGGUAUGGUCCGUGAACCAGACAUCUUCUCUUCGAACAAUGCGGUCGCAUUCGACGAGCAUUUUCGCAUCUACGCUGUUUCUAAUAUUCCACUAGGGCGGGACGAAAAGGUAUAUAUGUCCCGCUCUACCAUCGACAGCUUUAACCCUCUGGACCCUUUUUUCACGCGUAUCCGUGAUGCCCAAACCGUGGAUCUCGUCAUCGAUGCCCCGUCUCCUCCGUCAGCUGCACCGUCAUCGAGCAGCCUUGCCAACGUCGUUGAGGAUAUCCUAGGUGAUGGUAGUAACCUGUCCCGUUUCGAGGCGAUGGAGAGCUAUGAGUUUGAAGUGGAUCCGCAAGCAUUGGCCACCGAGCCGUCGUACCUUUCAUCGCUACUCGCCUCGUUGCAAUCACUCAUAUCCGCCCCUGCCCCUUCAUCCACAAAGCCACCCUUGUCGUCCUCGUCUGCAUCCCUAGCAUCUGAAAGCAAGCGACAUGUUGUUCCCGGAACGCUUCCCACAGGACCUGGUGCGGCCCCUCUACCAGACGUAGAAGAUGCGCAACUCUCAUACAGCACUUCUGAUAAGCUAAGCUGGUGGUCUGUCUAUGUCCACGAAGGGACUUUGUGUGAAGACCGUCUUCCACCCGACAUUCCACGGAAUCAUCAAAUCGUUGUGAUUCCUCGUGGCGGCUGCUCGUUCUCUAAGAAGCUACGCAAUAUUCCACCUUUCCCGCCAAAGCGAACUUCCCUACAGCUAGUUGUUGUAGUCAGUUAUCCUGAACACGAUCAUCCGAGCUUCUAUCAGUCUAAUGCGAGCAAUCAACAACACAUGCAAGACAACACUUAUUCCGAACAACCCAUUCAAAACGAUGUUGAGCAAUUGGGCGGAGAAGUACAUGUCUUAGAGUCCGAUGGGGGUACUGGACACAACGAACCGGAUCCAGAAGCACAUGCACCUCUACCCAGGCCUUCCGGAGCGAAAGUUGCCUCAAGCAAAUCACGACAUGGUGCGGGAUCUCAGCAAGCCCAGCCAAAAUCCGAUCAUCACCAACAUUUCGGCUUGGUGCAGCCCCUGCUCGACGAGAUUCAGUACACUCCUGCAGGUCUCCCACGCCCGAACCCCAUACCUCUGAUCAUGGUCGGUGGUGGUGACGAGACCAUUGCUUUGCUGAGGAGGUCCCAGGGCGUGGGUAUUAGGAGACGAUACUUCUUUUCAAGUCAAGGAGUGAAGAUUGGGAAUCUUAUCGUUCUAUGA